AUAAUUUCUGCAAUCUUGAACCUGACAAAGAAAGCGGUGUUAAAGUUGAGGAGAAUAAUGAAGGUGCAGAUUUGGAGAAUCUGAUUUACUGUUACUUGGAAUCCUUAAAAGCUUGGAUAUCCAAAUUAAAGGAAAUUGAAAAUAUCAAAUCUGUUAAUAGAA